CCCUCGUAGCCAAUGCCUUUAGCCAGCUCCGCGAUCCUUCUUGGUCUGGGUCUCCGAUGGUAGAGAGGCCAGAAGAAGCCACUCUUAGGUUCUGUACUACUCACUAGUCCGCUUUUUAUUAACCCUCUUUUUUCCCCUUCCCUUUUUUUCUUCCCGCCUCUGUUCCUCCCUACUGUUUUCUUCUCGUCUUUACCUAGGCUCGAGAUUCCAUCUUAUUCCUGCUUGCGUGCAACUCUGGCCGCCUACUUUCUCCGGGUUCGAGUUGCACUUCGCUCUUAUCUGCCCUGUAUAUUUAUCUCACUCGGGUGGCUGACUCGGGCCUCCUCUUCCUCAGCCUAGCCGUAGAGCCCGGUGGUUGCUUUAACAAUGGCCCCCGAUAUCGAUUCCGUUUCUCGUCCGCAGUUGGCCGCCGACAGCCGCCGGCGGCCAGUGGCAACGGCGGCGGCGGCGCCAGCAUCGGUGUCCAAACCGCCUAACAUUCUCUUCCUCAUGGCCGACCAGCUAGCUGCGCCGCUGCUCAAGCUAUACAACCCGGAGUCGCAAAUCAAGACGCCGAAUCUGGACGCGCUGGCGGAAAAGUCUGUUCAGUUCGAUUCGGCAUAUUGCCCUUCUCCUCUUUGUGCGCCUUCGCGCAUGAGCUUGAUCUCCGGACAGCUACCCAUGAAGAUCGGGGCGUAUGACAAUGCCUCGCAGAUCGGAAGCGACGUGCCGACCUACGCGCACUAUCUACGCAUCAAGGGCUAUCACACGGCAUUGGCGGGCAAGAUGCACUUUGUCGGAGACCAGCUUCACGGCUACGAGACUCGGCUUACUAGCGAUAUCUACCCCGGCGACUUCGGCUGGGCCGUGAAUUGGGACGAGCCGGACAGGCGGCUGGAAUGGUACCACAACGCUAGCUCCAUCUUCCAGGCCGGAACGUGUGUGCGAAGUAACCAGUUGGACUACGACGAGGAGGUCAUGUAUAGGUCAACCCAGUUUCUCUACGACCAAGUUCGGGAGGGGCCGGACUCGCGGCCAUUCUGCCUGACGGUCUCACUCACUCAUCCUCACGACCCGUACACGAUCGAGGAAAAGUACUGGGAUCUCUACGAGGGCGUAGAUAUCGCGCUGCCGAAAGUCCGGAUUCCCAAGGAGAAGCAGGACCCCCAUAGCAAGAGAUUAUUAAAGGUAUGCGACCUCUGGGACGAAGACUUUACCGACGAGCAGAUCAAGCGCGCUCGAAGGGCGUACUACGGUGCCGUGAGUUACGUAGACGACUGCAUUGGCCGUAUUCUCCGCGUUCUGAAGGACUGCCGACUCGACGAGAACACCAUCGUCAUAUUUAGUGGCGAUCAUGGUGAUAUGCUGGGAGAGCGUGGAUUAUGGUACAAGAUGAGCUAUUUCGAACCUUCAGUACGGGUACCGCUCCUGGUCUCGGACCCCCGACGAUUCACGCCUCAUCGGGUCAAACAGAACGUCUCGACCUUGGACAUCCUUCCUACGCUAUGCGAUCUAGUCGGGACCGCGCCCAUCCCCGGGCUGCCGAUGGACGGCAUCUCUCUCCUGCCCCAUCUCGAGGGUAGAGAGGGCCACGACACCGUGAUUUCCGAGUACACCGGAGAAGGAACAAUUAGCCCCCUUAUGAUGAUUCGACGUGGCCCGUGGAAGUACAUCACUUGCCCAACCGACCCGCCCCAGCUUUUCAACCUGGACGCGGAUCCCCUGGAGCUCGUCAACCUGGCAGAGCUCGUGUCCAAGAAGGGGGCACUGACUCCCGAAGAAGAGGAGGCGAGGGAGAAGUUCGAGAAGUUCGAGGCCGAGGCCAAGGCCCGCUGGGACUUCGAUGCUAUCACACAGCAGGUGCUGCUCUCGCAACGGACACGAAGACUCGUGUGGGGCGCCUUGAACAAGGGCAAGUUUGAGCCGUGGGACUACAAUCCGGGAGACAAUGGCACUUCGAAGUACAUCCGAUCCUUCCUACCCCUCGACGACCUGGAGCGCCGGGCACGAUACCCUCCGGUCGAUAAGUACGGCCGCGAGACCCGCGACAUCUUGGUCGACCAGGCCGGCUCGCAUAACGAGUAAAUCGCCGAUACGAUAGCAUACGACAUGACCCUUUGUUAUGCUUAUAAUAGCACGGUAUAGAGCACCGGGUCUCUAUGGUGGCGCAUCUAGCGGGGGGGCGAACUGGUUUGGCGGGCCAAAGUUGUUUGACAUUUUGAGAGUAUAUACCUAUGCCUAUAUUCGGGGGAUGAUAUAUGUGAGUUGAGCGGGAUGAGUUACGGAGUCAUGACUUUACGAGUACCAAGCAAAAUAAUAUUGUCGUGCGUGAUGAGGUGCUAGAUACCAGCCCGGUGAACUACCUACAUACGUAGGCUUCUUGUGGUAGGUAGGCGUGUAGUUUGGUGGGACGAAUCGGAUUCCUCUUAGCGGCUUAUUAUAUCAUGGCACAUUGUGCCGCCCGCCUAAUACUGCCCGACGUCAGCGGACCCUGAAGGGCAUGGGUGGGC